AUGUCGAGUGAUGAAUUUAGGUUGGUGUCGCCGACGAUAGACAACGAAGGGAAGCUGCCGAGAAAGUAUACGAAGGGAGGUCAAGGUGUGAAAAAGGAUAUCUCUCCUCCUCUUGAAUGGUACAACGUUCCAGAAGGUACGAAAUCGCUAGCGUUGGUGGUGGAGGACAUUGAUGCUCCUGAUCCUAGUGGACCGCUCGUGCCGUGGACGGUGUGGGUGGUCGUCGACAUUCCGCCGGAGAUGAAAGGUCUUCCCGAAGGAUAUUCCGGCAAGGACGAGCAGCCGAUCGCCGGGAUUAGAGAAGGGAAUAACGAUCACAAGAUCCCGGGAUGGCGUGGGCCCCUCAUGCCUAGUCACGAUCAUCGUUUCCAGUUCAAGCUCUUUGCUCUCGACGACAAACCCAAUCUUGGUCACACGGUGACAAAAGAGAGACUGCUGGAUGCGGUUGAAGGACUCGUGAUCGGAGAAGCCAUUUUGACGUGUGUGGCUUGA